AUGGAAGAUGAUGAGCCAUGCAUCACCAGUCUAAGCCUUGGAUUAGGAAUGGGGGGCCAUGUGCCGAAGAAGGAGAAGCAGAAACUCCCUUGCUUGGACCUAACGUUUGAUAUUUGUCCUGAGGGGGGAAAAACCAUUCACGUGGAUCAUCAACAAUCAAAGCAACAACUUCAUGAUGAUGAUGAUAAGGCAAAGGGGUUGGUAUUAUGUUUGAAGCACCCCAAUGAAAACAACAGCCCUGAUAGCAGCAACAAUAGCAAUAAUGGCAGCAGAAAGAAACUGAAGCUUACAAAGGAGCAAUCAGCCACCCUUGAGGAUAUUUUCAAGCUUCAUAGCACUCUUAACCCGGCACAGAAACAGGCACUUGCUGAGCAAUUGAAUUUAAAGCAUAGGCAGGUUGAAGUUUGGUUUCAGAACAGAAGAGCAAGGACCAAGCUGAAGCAAACAGAGGUGGAUUGCGAGUUCCUGAAGAAAUGUUGUGAGAAACUCACGGAUGAGAAUCUGAGGCUAAAGAAGGAACUGCAAGAGCUGCGCGCACAAAAGAUUGGACCAAAACCAUUGUACAUUCAACUCUCCAAGGCCACAACCUUGACCAUUUGUUCAUCAUGCGAGAAAGAAUUGAAGCCCAAUGAAGGGAACAAAGGAGGCAUUUCCAAUGUGGUCCGAAACAGCAGCCACAAAUUGCAGAACAGCGUAGGGUUAAAGGGCAUUUAG